UAACAGUGACAUAACCUUUAUUUUGAAGGCGGUUGACCAGCGGAUGUGCGGGUUGCUGAUUUUCCGGUGGUUGUGUUCGGUGGUGUGUAGCCUAUGUGUGGCUCGGUUCGGCUCGGCUCGUCUCAGAGGAACAGACCGGCAGCGGGUACAGUAGUAUCAGCUGUUGUAGUAGACCUGUGACCGCGGAGGAAAGAUGGCGGCCCCUGCUCUCUCUAGUCGGGCUGGCUCGGCGGGCAGCCUCGGGAACAGCCCCACCAUGGCCGCCGGCAGGCUGCCUCACAGCGGCGGCGGUGCCGGGCCCGAACUGGACUUCAGGUCGGCGGCCCGCAUGGAGGACCUGAACCGGCUCAUCCAGGAGUUCAGCAAGCACGACCAGCGGGAGUACGACGACCAGCGGGCUCUGGAGAUCCACACGGCCAAGGACUUCAUCUUCUCCAUGCUGGGAAUGGUCCAGAAGUUGGACCAGAAGCUGCCGGUAGCUAACGAGUACCUGCUGCUGUCUGGCGGCGUGCGGGAGGGCGUGGUGGACAUGGACCUGGACGAGCUGAGCGUGUACGCCCGCGGGACGGACUACGACAUGGACUUCACCCUGCUGGUCCCGGCGCUGAAGCUCCACGACCGCAACCAGCCCGUGACGCUGGACAUGAGGCACUCGGCGCUCGGCCACUCGUGGCUCAGCCUGCGCCUCUUCGACGAGGGAACCAUCAACAGGUGGAAGGACUGCUGCACCGUGGUCGACCACAUCAGCGGCACGGUGAACUACUUCUUCUCUCCGACGCUGGUGGCCGACUGGUUCCACCAGGCGGUCUCGCUGGUGCUGCUGGAGGUGCAGAAGAAGCCGCAGCGAGGCGUCCCGCGGGUGGAGAAGGUGCAGCGGAACGGCACGGUCAUCUCCGUCAUCCUGGGCGUGGGCAGCAGCCGCAUGCUCUACGACAUCGUGCCCGUGGUGUCCUUCAAAGGCUGGCCGGCCGUGGCGCAGAGCUGGCUGAUGGAGAACCACUUCUGGGACGGCAAGAUCACCGAGGAGGAGGUGAUCAGCGGCUUCUACCUCGUCCCCGCCUGCUCGCACAAAGGCCGCAAGGAGAACGAGUGGCGGCUGUCCUUCGCCCGCAGCGAGGUGCAGCUGAAGAAGUGCAUCUCGUCCAGCCUGAUGCAGGCCUACCAGGCCUGUAAAGCCAUCAUCAUCAAGCUGCUGUCGCGGCCCCGCGCCGUGAGCCCGUACCACCUGCGCAGCAUCAUGCUGUGGGCGUGCGACCGCCUCCCCGCCAACUUCCUGAGCCAGGACGACUUCUCCGCCCACUUCCUGCUGGGCCUGAUCGACGACCUGCAGCACUGCCUGGUCAACAAGACGUGUCCCAACUACUUCAUCCCGCAGUGCAACAUGCUGGAGCAGCUGUCGGACGCCGACGCCAUGCUGCACGCCCGCAAACUCUCCUCGGUGCGCUCGGACCCGGCCGAGCACCUGCGCAGCACCAUCGAGCACGCCAAGGCCGCCAACCGGCUCACGGUGGAGGUGCAGUGGCGCGGAGGAGGCGCAGGCAGCAGCGCCACAGGCAACCCGCCCUCGCCGCAGUCGGACGCCGGCGGCGACAGCCAACCCGACGACCGGCUGGCCAAGAAGCUGCAGCAGCUCGUCACCGAGAACCCCGGGAAGUCCAUCUCGGUGUUCAUCAACCCCGACGACGUCACGCGGCCGCACUUCCGCAUCGACGACAAGUUCUUCUGAGACACGAAACAAACUGAGACACAAGCAUUCUCUUCUUCUCCUCCUUCUUCUUCUUCUCUUUGCCUUCUCGGGACUUGAAUAGAGACUGUAGACUCUAUUCUCUGGACUCAAGACUCUGGACUCUAUUCUCUGGAAUCGGGUCCAGAGAAUAGAGUCUUGAGUCGACUCAAGAUCCUAUUCUCUGGACUCAAGACUCUAUUCUCUGGACUCAAUACCCUAUUUUUUGGACUCAAGACCCUAUUCUCUGGACUCAAGAUUCUUUUCUCUGGACUCAAGACCCUAUGAGACCCUAUUCUUUGGACUCGUGACCUGACUUGGUCUCGCAGACUGAUGACUUGGACUUGGAGGAUAUAUAAAAUCGGAUCGCAUUGAUGAAAAAGGACUCAGACGUUGGAUGAAGUUUCUGACUAAAUAGGUUCUGAGAAACGUUCUCUUCUCCUUCUCCUCUCUGCCUUCCCAGGGUACCUUCAGGGUACCUGCCGGGUUUUUAACGUGUUAAACGAGACUAAGAUCGGAAUCAGAACUGCAUUUAUUGUUAGGGUUGGGUAUCGUUUGGGGUUUUUCCGAUUCCGGUGCUAAAACGAUACUUUUAAAACCGUGCCGGUGCCUGAACCGAUACUUAAAAAAAAUAGG